AAGGCAGGUGGAGAGGCUUAUGGACAAUUAAUUCCAGCAGGCUGUCGGCAACCACCGGAGCUGUGCCGCAGAUUUUUGGAGACAAGUGAACCGCAGGGAAGACUCAUCUCGUUGUACACUUUGGACUGCUAUUUUGUCAGCUGUAAAAUGGCUUCCACGCUGGAGAAGCUCCUCACCCCGCUGUGCAGCGGUCCGCCCGAGCCGCCUAGGAAUAAAGUGACAGUGGUGGGAGUGGGACAGGUGGGCAUGGCCUGCGCUGUGAGCAUCCUGCUUAGGGAGCUGGCGGACGAGCUGGCACUGGUGGACGUGAUGGAGGAUAAAUUAAAGGGCGAGAUGAUGGACCUUCAGCAUGGAAGCCUCUUUCUCAAAACCCCCAAAAUCGUCGCAGAUAAAGACUACUCGGUCACGGCCAACUCCCGCAUCGUGGUGGUGACUGCAGGCGUCCGUCAGCAGGAAGGCGAGAGCAGGCUCAACCUGGUCCAGAGAAACGUCAACAUCUUCAAGCACAUCAUCCCGCAGAUCACCCGAUACAGCCCAGAAUGCAUCAUCAUUGUGGUGUCCAACCCAGUGGACGUGCUGACCUACGUGACCUGGAAGCUGAGCGGCCUCCCCAAGCACCGAGUCUUUGGCAGCGGCACCAACUUGGACUCGGCCCGUUUCCGCUUCUUGAUGGCCGAGCAACUGGGCGUCCACCCGAGCAGCUUCAACGGCUGGAUCCUGGGGGAGCAUGGCGACACCAGCGUACCUGUGUGGAGCGGAACCAACGUGGCCGGCGUCAACCUGCAGGCCUUCAACCCCAACAUUGGCGCUGACGGCGAUGAGGAGAACUGGAAGGAGACGCACAAAAUGGUGGUGGACAGCGCCUACCAGGUGAUCAAACUGAAAGGCUACACAAACUGGGCCAUCGGCCUGAGCGUGGCCGACCUGACCGAGAGCAUCGUGAGGAACAUGAACAGGAUCCAUCCCGUCUCCACCAUGGUGCAGGGCAUGUACGGCAUCCCUGAGCACGUCUACCUCAGCCUGCCGUGCGUCUUGAACGGCGGGGGCGUGGCCAGCGUGGUCAACGUCACGCUCACAGACCAGGAAGUGGCCCAGCUGCGAGCCAGCGGCGCCACGCUCGGAAAUAUCCAGAAGAAUCUGCAGGACAUCUGAGUAGUCAGCGGUAACUCGUCUUCUCCCUUUGAACUCCAGCUCAGGUCUCAUAGAAUCUAUAGAUCCACUGACUUUCAACAGUAAAGUCCACACAUUUAAAGUUAUGCAGGCGCCAUCUAGAAACUAGUUUUUGUCAUAAAUACACAUUAUAUUAAAGUCUUAUUGGCACAAAUAAAACAAA